CGCUCUCUUUGGACCUGCUCGCUCGCCGUACAUGUCGGCGCGUCAUCCUGUUUGGGGCCCAAAAACAAAACCCAAAUCAAAGAUGCUCCUGUUGGUGUCGGCGGUUUAACGUUUGAAAGCGGAAUCAUGGCUCUCCACCGAGAGGGCAGCCGGGGCUUCUACUUCAACACCGUGCUGUCGCUGGCUCGCUCGCUGGCGGCUCACCGGCAGGCGCCGCUCGACAAGGUGCAGAAGUUACAAUGCAUGUGUCCCGUGGACGUGCGAGGGGUGUUCCAGCUGGACGAGAGGCGGCGGGACGCCGUGCUGGCGCUGGGCAUCUUCUUGGUGGAGUCCGACCUGCAGCACAAAGACGCCAUCGUGCCCUACCUUCUCGGUCUGCUCAAAGGACUGCCGAGAGUGCAGUGGAUUGAGGAGAGCUCGGAAUGCAAAGGACGAGGGAUACUUCCUGUUGCCGAGAACUUCAGCUUCUGUCUCGUCACGUUGCUCUCUGACGUUGCCCAGCGAGAUGAAACGUUGCGUGGACAGAUCCUGGAGACCAUCAUGGACGUUAUGCAAAUUCUGCAAGACUUGUGCAAGAAUCCGCAGUGUCGCGAUAAAGGGCCGCCCUACGUCGAGUACACGUGUCGCCACACGGUCCCCGCCAUGCUGGGCGUGGCGCGCGCCUUCGGCCGCUACAGCAACACGGACGAGCCGCUGCUGUCCAAGCUGUUCCCGCGGCCGGCGGCGCCCCCCCUGACGGCGGCGGACGACAGCGACGCCGCACGCCGACGCUCCUUCAAUGACUUCCGCUCCAUCCUGCCCAGCUCCUUCCUCACCGUGUGCCCGGGGGACACGCUGAGGCACAAGAGCUCCUCCGUGUCCUCCGUGUCUCAACAGGCCAGUCCCGAGAGGACGGGGCUGACCCCGAGCUCCCCGGCGGGCCCUUCGGCACCGUACUUUGAAGGCUCGUACCUUCCCGACGGCAGCUCCGUGGACCCGGACUACUACUUCUCCACCAUCAGCUCCAGCUUCUCCGUCUCGCCUCUCUUCACCGGCAGCAGCUGCGGAGAGUUCCGCGUCCCCCUGGACACGCUCAGGCAGCUUCUGCACAUGGUGGAAGAAAUGGUCUCGGAGUCGUUUUUAAAGUCGCUGGAUGAAACCUUGGCAGAACUGUUGGAGUUGAGUCCCGGUCUUCACGUGUACUACAAAACCUUCAGUGACCCCCUCUACGUCGCCAUAUUCAAAAUGCUCAGAGACACCCUGUACAACCUGAAAGACCUCCAGACGGACUUUGUGAAGGAAGUGCACGACUUUGUGCUGGAGCAGUUCAGCAGCAGCCAGUCGGAGCUGCAGAGGAUCCUGCGCGACGUCGAGUACCUUCAGAGCGAGCUGAGCCCGCUCAAGAUGCGCUGCCAGGCCAACGCCGCCUGCGUGGACCUGAUGGUGUGGGCCGUCACCGAGGAGCAGGGAGCCGAGAACCUUUGCGGCAAGCUGUCGGAGAAGCUGCAGUCCAAGACCUCCAGUAAAGUCAUCAUCGCGCAUAUGCCCCUCCUCAUCUGCUGCCUCCAGGGCUUGGGUCGCCUGUGCGAGCGCUUCCCAGUGGUGGCCCACUCCGUCACCACGUCGCUGAGGGACUUCCUGGUGGUGCCCUCUCCGGUCCUGGUCAAGCUGUACAAGUACCACAGCCAGUGCGCGCCCGGAGGCGGGGAGAUCAAGAUCCACGUGACCAACGAGCACUCCCAGUCCACCCUCAGCACGAACCCGGGAAGCAAGAAGAGCCAGCCCUCCAUGUACGAACAGCUGAGGGACAUCUCCAUCGAUAACAUCUGCAGGUGUCUGAAGGCGGGGCUGACUAUGGAUAACGUUAUCGUAGAAGCCUUCCUGGCCAGCCUGUCCAAUCGUCUCUACAUCUCCCAGGAGAAUGACAAGGACGCUCACUUAAUCCCGGACCACACCAUCCGGGCUCUGGGCCACAUCGCCGUGGCCCUGCGGGACACCCCCCGCGUGAUGGAGCCCAUCCUACAGAUCCUGCAGCAGAAGUUCUGCCAGCCGCCGUCGCAGCUGGACGUGCUCAUCAUCGACCAGCUGGGCUGCAUGGUCAUCACGGGCAACCAAUACAUCUACCAGGAAGUGUGGAAUUUGUUCCAGCAGAUCAGCGUCAAGGCCAGCUCCAUGGUCUACUCCACCAAGGACUACAAGGACCACGGAUACAGACACUGCUCACUGGCCGUCAUCAACGCUCUGGGCAACAUCGCGGCCAACCUGCAGGCCGAGCAGAUGGUGGACGAGCUGCUGGUCAACCUGCUGGAGCUUUUCGUCCAGCUGGGCCUGGAGGGCAAGAGGGCCAGCGAGCGGGCGGCGGACAAAGGCCCGGCUCUCAAGGCAUCGAGCAGUGCUGGCAAUCUGGGCGUCCUCAUCCCGGUCAUCGCAGUGCUGACGAAAAGGUUGCCACCGAUCAAGGAGGCCAAACCACGCCUGCAGAAGCUCUUCCGGGACUUUUGGCUCUACUCUGUGGUCAUGGGCUUCGCUGUGGAAGGCUCAGGUCUGUGGCCUGAAGAGUGGUACGAGGGCGUGUGCGAGAUCGCCACCAAAUCGCCGCUGCUGACGUUCCCGAGCGGCGAGCCUCUCCGCUCCGAGCUGCAGUACAACUCCGCGCUCAAGAACGACACGGUCACGCCGGCGGAGCUGAACGAGCUGCGCGGCACCAUCAUCAACCUGCUGGACCCGCCUCCAGAGGGCGCCGCGCUCAUCAACAAGCUGGACUUCGCCAUGUCCACGUAUCUGCUGUCUGUUUACAGGCUGGAAUACAUGAGGAUGCUGAAUUCGCUGGACUCGGAACGCUUCCAGGUCAUGUUCCGCUACUUUGAGGACCGAGCCAUCCAGAAGGACAAAUCGGGCAUGAUGCAGUGUGUAGUCGCUGUCAGCGACAAAGUCUUUGAAGUCUUCCUGCAAAUGAUGAUUGAGAAAGCAAAAACCAAAGCGCACGAAGAGGAGCUGGAGCGCCACGCCCAGUUCCUGUUGGUCAACUUCAAUCACAUUCACAAGAGGAUCCGCAGAGUGGCCGAUAAAUAUUUGUCCGGGCUGGCCGAAACCUUCCCUCACCUGCUGUGGAGCGGCCGUGUGCUGAAGACCAUGCUGGACAUCCUGCAGACGCUCUCACUCUCGCUCAGCGCCGACAUCCACAAGGACCAACCUUACUAUGACAUUCCGGACACUCCGUACAGGAUAACCGUUCCUGAUACCUACGAAGCCAGAGAGAGCAUCGUAAAGGAUUUUGCUGCUCGCUGUGGAGAAAUCCUGAAGGAAGCCAUGAAAUGGGCUCCGUCUGUCACCAAAUCCCACCUGCAGGAGUACUUGAACAAACAUCAGAACUGGGUGUCGGGUCUGUCGCAGCACACGGGCCUGGCCAUGGCCACGGAGAGCAUCCUGCACUUUGCUGGCUUUAACCGACAGAGCACCACGCUAGGGUCCACUCAGUUGACGGAGAGGCCAGCCUGCGUGAAGAAGGACUACUCCAACUUCAUGGCCUCCCUCAACCUGAGGAACAGAUACGCAGGAGAGGUAUCGGGCAUGAUCCACUUCGCCCAGGCGGUGCGGGGCCAGCCGGACCUGGGCCGGCUGAUGGUCAAGCAGAUGGGAGAGGCUCUGGACUUGGCCCAACCCGAGGGCUUCACUGAGGCAAUGUUCAAGCUGGCCGCAUUGCUCAUCAGCAGCAAAGAAUGCGACCCCCAGCUGCUGCACCACCUCUGCUGGUCUCCUCUCAAGAUGUUCACCGAGCACGGCAUGGAGACGGCCAUCGCCUGCUGGGAAUGGCUGCUGGCUGCACGUGUUGGUGUGGAAGUACCGUUCAUGCGGGAGAUGGCGGGAGCGUGGCAGAUGACGGUGGAGCUGAAGAUGGGCUUGUUCUCCGACGCCCAGCAGGAGGCCGACCCCCUGGCGGCGUCUGAGGAGAGUCAGCCCGUCCCCUGCCCGCCUGACGUCACCCCGCACCACAUCUGGAUCGAGUUUCUGGUGCAGAGGUUCGAGAUAGCCAAGUACUCCAGUGCCGACCAGGUGGAGAUCUUCUGUAGUUUGCUCCAGCGCUCGCUGUCUCUCAACGUGGGCGGGGCGAAGAGUAACCUCAACCGACACGUCGCCGCCAUCGGACCUCGCUUCAGGCUGCUGACGCUGGGCCUGGCUGUACUUCACUCUGACAUCAUAACCAACGCCACCGUUAGGAACGUGCUCAGAGAGAAGAUCUACUCCACGGCCUUUGAUUACUUCAGCAUGUCUCCAAAGUUUCCCACCCAAGGUGACAAGCGCCUGCGCGAGGACAUCAGCGUCACCAUCCGCUUCUACGCCAGCAUCCUGUCGGACAAGAAGUACCUGGCGGCGUGCCACCUGGUGCCCCCCGGUGAGCUUGGUACCACCCCGGCCCCGAGCACGCUCUCUGCCGGGAUAUUUGGAUCGCUUAUCGUGUCCAGCACUUCUCCGAUAUCCAUCUUAAACAACCAGGAUCCGUCGCUGAACAGUUUGUCGGUGAUGAAUGCCGCCGACAUGCGCAGUAACGUCGACUCCAGCGCUCGCUCGCAGCAGAGCAGCCAGGGAUGGAUCAACACGUACCCACUUUCCAGCGGCAUGUCCACCGCAUCCAAGAAAUCUGGAGCGUCCAAGAAGAGCAACAGAGGGACGCAGCUCCACAAAUACUACAUGAAGCGCAGGACCCUCCUGUUGGCUCUGCUGGCGAGCGAGAUCGAGCGCCUGAGCACGUGGUACAACCCGCUGUGUACCCAGGAGCUGGCCAUCGCCACCGAGCAGUCGGUGGAGACCAGCAUCGCCAACUGGCGGUCCAAGUACAUCAGCCUGACUGAGAAGCAGUGGAAGGACAACGUCAACCUGGCCUGGAACAUCGCGCCCUACCUCGCCAUGCAGCUGCCCAGCAGGUUCAAGAACGACGCCAUCACGGGCGAGGUGACCCGGCUGGUGCGUUUGGAUCCCGGUGCCGUUAGCGACGUUCCAGAAGCCGUCAAGUUCCUGGUGACGUGGCACACCAUCGACGCCGACUCUCCGGAGCUGAGCCACAUCCUGUGCUGGGCCUCCGCCGACCCGCCUACGGGCCUGUCCUACUUCAGCAGCAUGUACCCGCCGCACCCGCUCACCGCGCAGUACGGCGUCAAGGUGCUGCGCUCCUUUCCUCCAGACGCCAUCUUGUUCUACAUCCCGCAGAUUGUACAAGCACUGCGCUACGAUAAGAUGGGUUACGUGAGGGAGUACAUCCUGUGGGCCGCGCAGAAGUCCCAGCUCCUGGCCCACCAGUUCAUCUGGAACAUGAAGACCAACAUCUUUAUGGAUGAGGAGGCGCACCAGAAGGACCCUGACAUCGGGGAUCUGCUCGAGCAAAUGGUGGAGGAGAUCACAGGAUCGCUGUCGGGUCCGGCCAAAGACUUCUACCAGCGAGAGUUUGACUUCUUCAACAAGAUCACCAACGUGUCGGCCAUCAUCAAGCCAAUUCCCAAGGGGGAGGAGAGGAAACGGGGCUGUCUGAAGGCUCUGUCCGAUAUCAAAGUUCAGCCAGGCUGUUACCUGCCCAGUAACCCCGAGGCCAUCGUUCUGGACAUUGACUACAAGUCUGGAACCCCCAUGCAGAGCGCUGCCAAGGCUCCCUACCUGGCCAAGUUCAAGGUGAAGCGCUGCGGCGUGAGCGAGCUGGAGCGCGAGGGCCUCCGCUGCCCGUCCGACUCGCUGGACGACGACGAGGACAACCCGGACGGCGUGCGGCGGGUCUGCUGGCAGGCGGCCAUCUUCAAAGUGGGCGACGACUGUCGGCAGGAUAUGCUAGCGCUGCAGAUCAUCGGGCUCUUCAAGAACAUCUUCCAGCUGGUGGGCCUGGACCUUUUCGUCUUCCCCUACCGGGUGGUGGCCACUGCUCCCGGGUGCGGCGUGAUCGAGUGCAUCCCGGACUGCAAGUCCCGCGACCAGCUCGGCAGGCAGACGGACUUUGGCAUGUACGACUACUUCCGGAACCAGUACGGCGACGAAUCCACGCUGGCCUUCCAGAAGGCUCGCUACAACUUCAUCCGCAGCAUGGCGGCAUACAGCCUGCUGCUCUUCCUGCUGCAGAUUAAAGACAGACACAACGGCAAUAUCAUGCUGGACAGCAAAGGACACCUCAUCCACAUCGACUUCGGCUUCAUGUUCGAGAGCUCGCCGGGCGGCAACCUGGGCUGGGAGCCCGACAUCAAGCUGACGGACGAGAUGGUGAUGAUCAUGGGCGGCAAGAUGGAGGCCACGCCCUUCAAGUGGUUCAUGGAGAUGUGCGUGCGAGGCUACCUGGCCGUGCGUCCCUACAUGGACGCGGUGGUGUCUCUGGUUACUCUCAUGCUGGACACGGGACUGCCGUGCUUCAGAGGACAAACCAUCAAACUCCUUAAAGGCAGGUUUAAUCCUCAGAUGAGCGAGAAAGAGGCGGCGGCGUUCAUCAUAAAGGUCAUCCAAAGUUGCUUCCUCAGUAGCAGGUUUGUCCUCUCCUGUGCAAACCCGUUUUCCCUUGGCUUGGCUGCAGGAGCAAGACGUACGACAUGCUGCAAUAUUACCAGAACCAAAUUCCCUACUGACCUCGCCGCGGCCCCGGCAAGACGGCGGCGCAAUAACUCCAAGCACGAUAGGAAUCUUUUAGCCCUUUCCCAAGAGAGCUGUUUGAAAUCACCCUUUAAGUGUUUAUCGUCAUCAUCGUCCUCACUCGAGUGCACUUUAUUUCUCGCAGUAUUCAGAUAUUAGCAUCAAACAAUCUGCAGUGUUUUUAAGUGUGUAUAUCAUGUUUGUAUUAUUUAUCAGGCCACAAGAACAAAUCCUCAGUGACGUGUUACAUUCCGCAGCGGCAUUCUGGGAACUUCGGGAGAUAAAAUCAGAGUAUCAGCGGUUGUUGUUUUUUUUAAGCCGCGUCUAGCCCAGUGUUUCCCAAACUUUAUCGAACCAAGGCAAUUUUAAAUUUGAAAAUCGACAUUUUUAUUAGCCCUCUUGGAAUGGCUUUAACUAUUAUUAAUCAAUAAUAAUAUUGAAAAACUGCAAGUAAUUGACACCUCCCCUAAAAAUUUUAAUCAGUGCAUAUAUGAAUAUUUUAAAGCGUAAAUGUGCCACAAGCUAUCCCAAAACAUCCAUCCAUCCAUCCAUCUUCUUCACCGCUUAUCUCCCUUGAAUCCCGGUCCUCAGAACUGUGAGGCAGAUGCGCCAACCAGUUGGUCACCGUGCCGCCUAUCCCAAAAUACUUCAAACUCAUUUUACAAAAUUACCCUUAAAAAUAAAUAUAUAUAAGUAUGCAGGGAGCCACUGCAUUGUACAUCCUCGACAUCAAUUACUACUUUCCUAUUAUCCAAGGCUUUGGAGCCACCUUGUGGCAACUUAACUCAUCUACGCACGUACCAAAAUACGCCCAAAAGCCGUGAAUUGAACACAUUUUCAGCGCAUAACAGAGGAUAAGUUUGACAAAAAAAAAUGUGAAAACGUGAAUUCUCAAAUACUUGACUCCCUCUAGUGGCAGGUGAAAGAAUGACUGAAUUAAAAGUUCAAACUGUGCAUCAUGUUACAGUAUCUUAAACUUUGUUUUAAUCCGGUACAGUACAGGAACAUCUCAAUGAAUUAGAAUAUAGUAGAAAAGUCCAUUUAUUUCAGCCCUCAAGGAUGAUAUCAAUUCAUCCAACACUUAAAAUUCCUGCCUAAUUUCUGCAUUAAAAGUCAUUUAUUUCAGCAAGACAAUGCCAAAGCACAUUCUGCACGUGUUACAGCAACUUGACUUCGUAGUAAAAGAGUGCGUGUGCCUGCAGUCCAGACCGGUCUCCCGUUGAAAAUGCGUGGCGCAUUAUGAAACGUAAAAUACGACAACGGAGACCCCGGACUGUUGAACGGCUGAAGCUGUACAUCGAGCGAGAAUGGGAAAGAAUUCCACCUACAAAGCGUCAACAAUUAGUGUCCUCAGUUGCCAAACCUUUAUUGAAUGUUGUUCAAAGACAAGGUGAUGUCACACAGUGGUAAACAUGACCCUGUCCCAGCUUUUUGGGAACGUGUUGCAGCCAUCAAAUUCUAAGUUGCUAAAAACAAUCAAGUUGAUCAGUUUGAACAUUAAAUAUCUUGUCUUUGUAGUGUAUUCAAUUAAAUAUAGGUUGACUUCAUUGGAAUUGGGGUUGUAUUUCAAUUUUAAGUCCAAUGCAUUUGCGUAUAAUCCAAUCCCAAGUAUUUUUGGAAGUAGUAUUUGAUGUAAAAGAACCACUUCUGUACAUUAUUUGACUUCAGUAAAUAAUAAAACAUUAUUUUUCUUCAAUAAAUAAAAAAUAAAACACUAAUGAGGGCGGCACAGUGAAAGACUGGUUAGAGCGUCUGCCUCACAGUUCUGAGGACCGGGGUUCAAAUCCCGGCCCCGCCAGUGUGGAGUUUGCAUGUUCUCCCCGUGCCUGCGUGGGUUUUCUCCAGGUACUCCGGUUUCUUCCCACAUCCCAAAAACAUGCAUGCUAGGUUAAUUGAAGACUAAUCUGCCCGCAGGUGUGUAUGUGAGUGUGAAUGCUUGUUUGUUUCUAUGUGCCCUGCGAUUGGCUGGCGACCGGUUCAGGGUGUACCCCGCCUUUCGCCCGGAGAUAGCUGGGAUAGGCUCCAGCACGCCCGCAACCCUUGUGAGGUUCAAGCGGUACGGAAAAUGGAUGGAAGGUUGGAUGGAUUAACCACUUUCUUGCGAAUGUAGCGUCACUGCUAGCACAGUCAACUGUGUGUGCGUGUUGAACCUGUUUGAAAACAUUCCUGGUGCGUGUGUCAUGUGAUAACUUCUCAAAAUAAAAAGUAAAAAACAACAACAAAAAAGCCAUGUCUUCCUUGACACGAGUGACCCUCGGUAUGCAAAAAAAAUAAACAAAUCCAUGUGCUGUUUUGAGGUUCAUGUGAAUGGCGGCUAACCCUGUUAGCAAAAGGGGGAAAAUCUCCUUCACAAACAAGUUGUUUGUUGUGCACUUUCCCCGCUUCUUUUGCCAAAAGUCAUCUGACGUGAAAUGACCUUUAACACAUCCUUCGUGACAACGUGUGCGUCCAUAUGUUUCACCUGGGAAAUGUUUUUUUUGUUUGUUUUCAAUGUUUGUUGGCUCAUUCCACUACUGUGAGCAGCAACAAACACCUGUGGCUGAUUUGAAAAUAAAAACCUAAUUGAAAUCUU